UAUAAAAGCAAAUGCUCUGAAUUUUCCAACCAGUGUUCACGAGAAUAUCAGUGGGAUUCAACGCGAGAAAUAGUUUUGGAAAUAUGUCAUACCAACAGAUAACCGCAGGUCGCAGUUUUUGGCUAUACUUGGUUUUGGCAGCUGCAAUGCUGCAGAGUCAGCUGGUAAAAUCUCAAUACAGUGGCUUUCCCUACUAUGGUGGAGGAGUCGCAACUGCAGGCUCUGCAUAUGGGGGCGGCAUGUUGGGUAAUGGAUAUGGUUAUGGAUACGGCUAUCCACAGUACUAUUCAUACCCUGGCUACGGCUACACAUAUCCCAGCUACGGGUACGGUAGCGGAGUCGGAAGUGGGUUCGGAGGCGGAGCCGGAGGCUAUGGUUACCCAAGCUAUGGAUACCCUGGCUAUGGUUAUGGUUAUCCUUAUGCGGGCACGAACACUGCCUUUGCGAGCAGCAGCGGAGGAUUCGCAAGCGCAAGUGUGGGUAGCGGCGGCGGUUACUACGGUUAACUAAGGCACUGAACAAAUACUUAAGCUAAUUAGUCACGAUGUGUACAUAUUGAUUAAGUAUCGUAAUUAAGUUGAUUGUGUUGUAGUAUUAAAUUCAUUUAUUUUAUAUAAAAUAUAAGCAACACUAUGAUUUUUGGUAACUUAAAAAAAA